UUUCGGUCCCCGACCGGCCUGUGCGAGCCACAAGGUAGAGAAGGAAGAUUAAGCACGGUGAACGAGCGAGACAGAGAGGACGAUAGAGGGGGAGGACUAGAGAGAGAGAGAGAGAGAGGCAAGGAAAAGGGAGCAGCUCGUGGAACGCCGUGUCCUCGCCUCGCGUGCCUUGUGUCGCGUCGCGUCUCGAGCGCAGCCAUUACGACAGAGCCCCGCACGGUGACGCUCGGUAACGUUGUGUAGUAAGUCGCGAGCGCGACGACCACGUUGUUGUUGAACGCGGAUAAUCUAACGCCGUCCUGCCGCGUAGUACGGGCGUAGCAGAGCCGUGAGCACGUGUGCGCACGCGAGACAGAACGAAUUAACGUAACGUCGAUCGGCCGCCACCGCCACCGCCGCCGCCGCUGCCACCGAGGGGUUGGCGUUACGCGAGUGAGAACGAGGAAGCGCGGAAGCUGCCGAGCGUGACUCCCGAACGACGCGGACGACGCGGCUGGAAGCUGGAGGAGACUGGGUACAAAACGAAUUUGGUUUGUGACUGGACCGGUUGUGGCUGGAUCGAACCGCGUGUGCGUGAGUACUUAGGGCGAGAAAUCCGAUUGAGAGAAAAGAGAAAGAGGGAGACGACGCAUAACCGCCACCAUGUUUGACGUAUUCGGCUCGGUGAAGGGGCUGCUGAAGCUCGAUUCCGUGUGCAUCGACAACAAUGUGUUUCGACUACACUACAAGGCCACCGUGAUCAUCCUGAUCAUCUUCUCCCUUCUGGUGACCUCCCGGCAAUACAUCGGCGACCCGAUCGACUGUAUCGUCGACGAGAUUCCGUUGCACGUGAUGGACACCUACUGCUGGAUCUAUUCCACCUUCACGAUCCCGGAUCGAACCGGCAUUGUGGGCAAGGACCUGGUGCAGCCGGGGGUCGCCGCGCACGUCGAGGGCGAGGACCACGUCAAGUAUCACAAGUACUAUCAGUGGGUCUGCUUCACCCUCUUCUUCCAGGCGAUCCUCUUCUACAUUCCGCGUUACCUGUGGAAAACGUGGGAGGGUGGCAGGAUCAAGAUGCUGGUGCUGGAUCUCAAUUGUCCGGUGGUCAGCGAAGACUCUAAGAGCGACCGGCGUAAGUUGCUGGUCGACUAUUUUAUCUCGAACCUGCACUCGCAGAACUUCUACGCGUAUCGCUUCUUCCUGUGCGAGCUGAUGAACUUCGUCAACGUGGUCGGCCAGAUCUUUUUCAUAGACUUCUUCUUGGACGGCGAGUUCACCACGUACGGCUCCGACGUUAUCAAGUUUACGGAGAUGGAGCCCGAGGAGCGCAUCGAUCCCAUGUCCAAGGUGUUCCCGAAGGUAACGAAGUGCACAUUCCACAAAUACGGUGCGUCUGGUACGGUGCAGAAAUUCGACGGGCUUUGCGUGCUGCCGCUCAAUAUUGUCAACGAGAAGAUCUACGUGUUCCUCUGGUUUUGGUUCAUCAUCCUGUCGAUCCUGAGCGGUCUUAGCCUGCUCUAUCGCGCAGCAGUAAUAUUCGGCCCGAAACUGCGAAACGUGCUACUACGGGCGCGCUCGCGUCUCUCGUCGAACGAGCAAAUUAAAACCGUCAACGACAUGUGCCAGAUCGGCGAUUGGUUUGUCCUCUAUCAGCUUGGCAAGAACAUUGAUCCGUUGGUGUACAAGCAACUCGUCGCCGAUCUUUCAGCCAAGCUGCAAGGCAAGGUUCAUGUGUAACAUCGAGCGAUCGAGAAGGAUCUCUUCAAGGAACGCUUCCACACAAGUCCUCUCCGGAAGGUUCCUCAUCUCUCUCCCCGAGUGAUAACUUCCCUGCUCGACCUAGGGAACAAGCAAACGGUAGGAUGUCUCCAAAUUGGAGAUGAGAGUAAGAGAUAGCUGUAAAGAGAGAUAAAGAGAGAGAGAGUGGGGGAGGAAGACAGCCAUACCGAUAAUGCAGAUUUAAAACGGAGGAUUGUAAAAACUGUAGGCUGAAUUGCAUCGACGACUGUCUGACUUAAGUCUCGCGGCUAUCUUUUCUACAUAUGUAUUUUAUUCAUGAUACAAAUAAGGAAAA